UGAACCGUUCCAAGAUGGCGGCCUCCGUGUGGAUGCGUUGUGUGACUGCAGCUGUCAAACUUAAAUGUUUUUCCCCUUCUUUCACUGUGAGACGAUGCCUGCUGUCUGCGGCGUACACAGACACAAAGGUGUGGGAGUCCAGGGAGAAGGAUCCGCAGAACUUGGCAUUAUUAGCCAACCUCAUGGACAGAACAUAUGACCGGAAUCUUCCCGUCAGUUCUUUGACAGUGUCACGGUUUGUGGACAACAUCACUUCUACAGAGGAAGUUGAUCAAGCAGAAUACUAUUUGUACAAAUUCCGUCACAGUCCAAACUGUUGGUACUUGAGAGACUGGACCAUUCACAGUUGGGUACGGCAGUGUUUGAAAUAUGGCCAAAGGGAGAAGGCAUUGCACACAUUACAAAACAAGGUCCAGUAUGGCAUUUUCCCAGAUGGCUUCACAUUCAAUCUGCUAAUCGACUCCUACAUUAAAGACAAAGACUAUAAAAGUGCGUGUGCUGUGGUAGAAGAAGUGAUGCUUCAAGAGGCCUUCGAUCUUCGCUCUACACAGAUACUGUCUUUUUACGCUUUGGGACAUUACCUGGCAACCAAACCAACACUUGCGGUGUCUGGGGAGCGGGCCCUGGGAGCGUCUUUACUCAUCUGUGGCCUCACUGACAGGAGCACCAUAGGCCUGAGCGCGCAGGUCAUUGGAAAUACACUUCUCGGUAAAGUGGAGAUGCAGAAUGGGAUCCAUGCUGUAUUUAAAGCCAUGCCUCUGCACUGGGCUCAUGGGUACUUGGAUAGAGCUCUGGCUGUGAUGGAGGAGGUGUCUGCAGGGACUGGAGAUGCCGCUCUGACUAAAGACGCAUUGGAUCUGAUGGGUGAUGUGCUCGCUGACCUGUCCUCGGAGUCCGAGUCCUCUGGAGAAGACACUGAUGAAGAAGAGAAGAAUAAACAGGAUGCAGUCGAUGAAGAUGAUGAAGCCGAACGUGCAAAGUUACCUCUGUAUGUCGCCAGGUUCCAGGAGCUGAGGAGCCACUUGGAGUCAUCGGGUAAAGUUGAAGCUUCCUCUUUCCAGACUCUGGUGAGCGCUUUAGCCCAAAAGGAGCUGUCUGCGGCCGAGGGACCCGACCUGGAGCGGUACCAGGAGCAGGUGCAGGGCUGGGAGGCAGAAAGGGCCCAGCUCAUCCAGAGAGAGAGGGAGAUGAGAGAGAAAGCGGAGCAGGAGAAAAGGGAGCGUUUAGCUGUAUCUGCCGCUGCUCAAUAAACAUGAACUCACAUUCUGAACUGUAGUAAUACCUGCAAAUAUUGACUGUUUAUUUAAAGCCACAGUAUGUAACUUUUUCCCCAAAAAAAUUUACGAAAAUAAAAGCUUGUUUUUUCAU